UCCCUGACAGAGGGACCCGAACCCGGGCUCCUGCCCUGGCCGGUGCAGACAUGGUGCCCCUGCUGCUGCUGCUGCCCCUGCUGUGGGCAGGGUCCCUGCAGGAGGAUCCAGGGUUCGAGCUCCGAGUGCAGGACUCAGUGACGGUGCAGGAGGGUCUGUGUGUCCACGUGCCCUGCUCCUUCUCCUACCCCUGGAGCUCGUGGUUUUCCCUUGAGAAGCCCUACAUAUACUGGUUCCGGAAUGGGGGCAGCCGUUAUCCUGUGGCUACAAAUGACCGAACGAAAAUGGUGAACAUAGAGGCCCAGGGCCGAUUCCACCUCAUUGGGAACCCCUGGGACAACAACUGCUCCCUGAGAAUCAGAGAGGCCAGGAAGAGUGACCAGGGAGUCUACAAGUUCCGAAUGGAGAGAGACUACGUGAAAUACAGUUACAGAGAUAAGAAGCUGACGGUGCAGGUGGCAGCCCUGACACAGAAACCCGACAUCCACUUUCCGGAGCCCCUGAAGUCUGGCUAUCCCACAAACCUGACCUGCAGUAUGCUGGGAUCCUGCGAAGAGGGAAGACCUCUCACCUUCUCCUGGGUGGGGGAUGCUCUUGACUCGCUGGACCCCCAGACCCUCCACUCCUCAGUGCUGACCCUCACCCCGAGGCUGCAGGACCAUGGCAGCAACCUCACCUGUCAGGUGCACCUGCCAGGAGGUCAGGACACCGUGGAAAGAACCAUCAGGCUCAACGUCUCCUACGUUCCCCAGAAACUCAACAUCAGCAUCUUCUUCAGCGAUGUUGCAGUCCCGAAGAUUCUGCAAAACAUGUCAUCGGUUCUCAUCCUGGAGGGCCAGGCUCUGCGUCUGCUCUGUGCUGCUGACAGCAGCCCCCCUGCCGAGCUGAGCUGGUUCCAGGGGUCCCCCCCGUGGAAUGCUACCCCCAUCUACAGGAGUGCAAACCUGGACCUGCCUCAAGUAGGGGCUGCAGAGGAAGGAGACCUCACCUGCCAAGCUCAGAACCCGCUGGGCUCCCAGCACGUCUCCCUGCAUCUCUCUGUGGUCUACCCCCCGCGGCUGCUCAGCCCCUCCUGCUCCUGGGACGGCGAGGGGCUGCACUGCAGCUGCUCCUCCCAAGCCCACCCGGCCCCCACCCUGCGCUGGCGGCUGGGGGAGGGGCUGCUGGAGGGGAACCACAGCAACGCCUCCUGGACCAUCACCUCCAGCUCUGCAGGGCCCUGGGCCAACAGCUCCCUGAGCCUCAGCGGGCCGCUGGGCUCUGGCCUCAGACUCAGCUGCGAGGCCCGGAAUGCCCACGGGUCCCAGAGCGCCGCCUUCCUGCUGCUGCCAGGGAAAUCGGUGUUCCUGGCAGGAGCCUUGCCUGCCGCUCUUGGAGGUGCUGGUGCUGGGGCCCUGCUGUCCCUAAGUCUGUGCCUCAUCUUCUUUUGCAUAGUGAAAGCCCGCAGGAAGCAAGCAUCCGGGAGUCGAGAGGGCCUGGGUAAUGAAGAUCCUGUCAUGGGUACAGUUGCCUGGGAUUCCAGGCGAAAGCCCUGGCCAGACAGCCCCCCAGCCCAAGCGACCCCUGUCAGGGAUGCCCCUCCCUCGGGGGACGAACAGGAGCUCCAUUACGCCUCCUUCAGCUUUCACGAGAUGAAGUCGAGGGAACCUGAGGAUAAGGAGGCCACCAGCACCAGAGAGUACUCAGAGAUCAAGACAAGCGAAUGAGGAUGGCUUAGAGCCCAGUGCUGGCCUGAGGAGUCGUGGCCCCUGGGGGAGAGGAGAAGUCCAGCACUAAUUGGUGAAGCAUGUGGAGCCCUGAGGCAAUACAAACAGGAAGGAUUUGCGAAGGGUCCCCAGGUAGAGCUGACUUGGGCUCCAACGUAGGCUGUCAAGCAAGUCACUUCAUCGCUCUGUGCCUCAGUUUCCCGUUCUGUAAUCAGAGAUCAUGCACCCUGCCUCAGAGGUGGCUGUGGCCAUUAAAGAAAUUAACAUGCAGAA